GCAGAAGCUAGGAGCAAAUCCAAAUGUUCGUUGGUUGUGUAUGUCAACGUCAUGAUAUGUUAUGUUGGUUUUUUUGAUAAGUAGUACUAAUAAUGGUUUAUAUUAUUAUUUAAAUAUAGUAAUUAAUCGCAGUUUAACUCGUAUCUCAGCAUCAUGUUCAGCAAUAUGAAAAAUAAAAUUAGAGAGAAAACUGGAUCAGAACUUCCUAAAUUAUCACUAGCCCAAAAGUCGGGAAUAGGAAGACAUUCAAGACAAGGGUCUGAGACAAGUUUGAGUAGCCUGGAUCCACAGCCCAAAGAAGAACAUUCUCCCCUGCCGGUAUCUCCUAACGAGAUCGUUCUAGCUGAUGGAAAGAGUUUAACCCCCAAAGAGCUUAAUAAGUUAUCAAAACGUGAAGAUGAAUGGCGCAGCAGGCUGGAAAAAAGAGAUAUGGAGUGGGCAAAAAAACUGGAGAAGAGGGAAAUAGAACUCAAUAAGUUAAUGGAAGAAAAAGAAACGGAGUGGCGAAAGCAAGAGCAAAAAAUGACAGAAGACUUAUUAAGACAAACCAGAGAGUUGAAAGACGCUCUAAAAAUGGCUGAAGACAGUAAAAGGAAGAUAUGCCAGUACCAGGAAGACAAAGAUCAACUUGAAGGCUUUCAGACACAGGAGAUAGCGAAACUAAAACACUUGCUGUUAGCCAAAGAGCAAGAGAACAGUGAAAACAUAGCAGCUCUCAAAGAAGCAACAUCUUCUCUGGCAUCUCUCAAGUCGGAAGUCAUCAGGCUCCGGCCGUUCGAGGAGAGGAUUAGUAACUUUCAAGAUGAUAUAGAGUGUCUACGGCACUCGUCAGAGAAAGAGAGAUGGGCGAUGGCUAGCAAGCUGGCAAAGAGCGAGGAGCAAGUGAAGCACUUGGAGCGACGAGUGGCAGUGCUCACUAAGCGCAGUGAGGCCGAGUGUAUAGCGCUCGGCUUUAAGCUUACAGUUGAUGAGCGAGUACAAGCUUUACUGGGUGAGAGAACCAAGCUUGAACGGCAGCUGGAAGAAGCUCAUGUUGAGUUGUCAGAUAUUAAAGCCACAUGGAGUAAUCAGAUAAAGUCACUGGAAACCCAGGUGGAACGACUGAGUAGGCAAGCUGGUGAGGAAGGUGGUGAGAGGAGGAGGGCAGAAGUCAAGAUCAAGGAACUGGAGAGCUUGCUGGAAGCCGAAAUUAAGGAAAAAGACAAACUGAUGGGCAGAGUAGACAGAAUAUCUGCAGAACGUGACAACCUUGCCCAAGAACUUAAAAAAAUUGCACAAGAUGUUGCGGUAGCGAAGAGUGACAGUAUAGACAUGACAGUAAGAGUGGCAGAGGCGGAGAGGAUGUGUGCGGAGAUGGCGGAGAGGUGUGAGGUUCUGCAGGCGGAGCUGGAGACUGAGCGUUGCAAGGAGACGGAGGAUGUGAGGGAACGAGUGGCGGAGUUGAGCGCACGAGUUGACCGCCAGCAGUACGAGCUAGAGGAGGAGAGGCAGAAGCAUGCAGCACUGUCAGCGCAGCUCGAGAAGGAGAAGCGAGAGAAGGAUGACGCGCUGUUGCGGAAUGCGCAGGUGUCGCAGGAGGUCGAGAUAGCCAAACAGGACCUGAGAGCUCAGCUGAGGGAGGCAGACGAGUUGUACAAGAAGCAGUCGUCUCUUGAGAAGAAACUUGUCGAUAAAUCACAGGAGUGUGAAAGGGUGCAAAAUGAACUUAGCUCUUUGAAAGUGACAGUAGCUGAAAUGGAAAGUCAAACUAUUGACAAAAACACAGAAAGGGAAUUACGGGCAAAACUGAGUGACCUGGAAGCCCAACUUACAGACAGAAACAAAAAUAUAAGGGUUCUACAACAACGGUUGGCAGAUAUGAAAAAGACUCUCCAGAGAGAGCUGAAGGGGGUGGACCCGGGUGGGGGUGGUGGCGGAGGUGGAGGUGGAGAUGUCACUACCAACCAUCACAACCCUACCCCACUGCCACCUCCCGAGGACGAUGUCAACUUCAAGUACCUCAAACAUGUCCUCAUCAAGUUUCUGACAUCCAGGGAAUACGAGGCACAACACCUGACACGCGCGGUGGCGACACUACUAAGGUUCUCUGCGGAGGAGGAGCGGUUACUGCGUGAGACGCUGGAGUGGCGUAAGUCCUGGUUCGGCUCUCGCCCACGUCUGCCUAAGCUAAAACAUUCCCCCAGCUGAUGACCUGUUCAUCGCGUGGAUGAGCUCAGCGGUGAAUAGCGACCUUGUAUAAACAAUUAAGUGCAUAUAAAACUAGUCUAAUAACGAUGCUAAUUGUAUAUAAAGUUACAUUUUCACCAGUGUAUUUUUGAAUUUAUUGUGUAUUUAUUAUUUAUUUUAUAAAAACUGCCAAACUAUUUUGGUGUUUAUUAUAACUGCAAUGCUGAUUUAAAAAACAUUAUGAGUCCUUUGGUCUUGUUAAGAUGCCAAAAACUAGCUUUAUUAGAGUCCAGUUUGUUUGAAGAAGUUAAAAAUAAAGUUUGAUUAUUGAAAA